ACUUCAAUUUUGAUUCUUGCAGCACAUUUAAAAAAAAUGGGCAGUAAAGCAUUUACCAUUUUAUAAUGUUGCUAUUCCUUCUCACAAUACUUAAAAUAUGUUUAGGGAUUGACACCAAGUGAAGCGUUUCAGGUAUUUUGUCCCAUUCUUCCUGUAAGCAGGUCUUAAGGUGUGCAACAGUAUGAGGUCGUCAUCAUUGUCACAUUUUUUUUUUUCCUUUCAAAAUUUGCCACACGUUCUCUAUUGGGGACAGUUGGGACAGACACCCUCUUCUUCCACAGCCAUGCCUUUGUAAUGUGUGCAGAAUGUGGUUUUGCAUUGUCUUGUUGAAAUGUCCCUGGAAAGGCUAUUGUCUUGAAGGCAGCAGAUGUUGCUCCAAAAUCUCACUGUACUUUUCUGCAUUAAUGCUGCCAUCACAGAAGUGCAAAUUACCUUUGCCAAGAGCACUGACACGACCCCAUACCAUGACAGACUCUGGUUUUUGGACUUGUUGCUGGUAACAGUCUGGAUGGUCCUUUUCGUCUUUGAUUUGGCGCACAGGGCGUCCAUUUCUUACAAAAAAGACCUGGAAUACUAAUCCAUCUGACCACAAUACAUGUUUCCACUGUGUGAUGGUCCAUCCUAGAUGCCUUCAAGCCCAGAGAAGUCGACUGCGCUUCUGGACACCAUUAACAUAAGGUUUCCUUUUUGCACAGUAAAGUUUUAAUUGCCGUUUCUGGAUGUAGUUCUGUAUUGUAGUGCUUGACAACGGUUUGCCCAAGUAAUCCUGAGUCCAUGUGGUUAUAUCAGCUGUAGGUGAAAGACGGUUUUUGAUGCACUGCCAUCUGAGGGAUCGGAGAUCAUGGGAGUUCAGCUUAGGCUUGUGCCCUUGCCUUUUACACACCGAAAUUCCUCUAGAUUCCUUGAAUUGUGUAAUGACGUGCCAUAGAGGGUGAAAUAUCUGAGUACCUUUGUAACUUUCUUUGAGGAACAUUUCGUUUUUAAACAUUUUCAAUAGUUUUCUCUCACGUUUGUUGACAAGCUGGAGAUCCUCGGCCCAUCUUUGUUCCUCAGAAGCGAGGCUUUGCCUGGAUACUGGUUUUGUAUCAAAUCAUGAUGACAUUUACCUGUUUCAAAUCACAUCAUUAUUUAAUAGUUUUACCUCAUUAGUAGCCCUAAAUCCCCCCACCCACACACACACACACUUUGGGAAGUGUUGCAGGCCUGAAAUGCAAGAAUGGAUUUAUAUUAACAGUUGAAAGGAAGUUGACCAGAUAAAACAUGAAAUAUCUUGGGUUCAUUCUGUCUGCAAUGAAAUACAAGUCAAAGCAAAUUUAGAAAUUACUGCUGCUUUGCUUUUUUUUUUUUGUAUUUUCCAUACAGGGGCGGCAUGGUGGUGUAGUGGUUAGCACUGUCGCCUCACAGCAAGAAGGUCCAGGUUCGAGCCCCGUGGCCAGCGAGGGCCUUUCUGUGUGGAGUUUGCAUGUUCUCCCCGUGUCUGUGUGGGUUUCCUCCGGGUGCUCCGGUUUCCCCCACAGUCCAAAGACAUGCAGGUUCGGUUAACUGGUGACUCUAAAUUGACCGUAGGUGUGAAUGUGAGUGUGAAUGGUUGUCUGUGUCUAUGUGUCAGCCCUGUGAUGAUCUGGCGACUUGUCCAGGGUGUACCCCGCCUUUCGCCCGUAGUCAGCUGGGAUAGGCUCCAGCUUGCCUGCGACCCUGUAGAACAGGAUAAAGCGGCUAGAGAUAAUGAGAUGAAAUGAGAUUUUCCAUACCAUCCCAACUUUUUCUGAUUUGGGGUUGUAUUAAAGAUUAUUAAUGCCACACAUAUAGUCAAAAGUACAAAACUAGUACAUAGACCACAUCAUUUUGUGAUUUCAUUUAUUGAUGCCAGUUAUUGUCAUUUUUGCAGUAUUUUAUUUAUUUUUCAUUUUUGUUGAUCUGGUCCUUCACAACAAUGCUUUAAAUACCACUUUUAAAUGACACGUAAUCUCAGAAUAUUUGGGAAGCUAACCACAAAAGUUCACGAUCACAAAAAGACCAAAAAAAGAAACACUUUUGGGAUGUUUAAACCUUUUCUUUCCUGCUUUUCAGGCAAUUAAUCUUGGUGAAACUACAGUGUAUAAAUGAUUCUUGAGACAUGCUCAGUUGCUUGGAAACCCAUGGCAACACUGUCCACGGCGCACCAGCAGGCCUUCAAGCUGAGGGUGUUCUUUAUCAGCGCUGUGAAAGGCGCCACCUCUUAAAAAGACUUUAUUUAACGGAGACUAAAAGCACUGAAAGAAACUGGCACUAAAACUAAAGCUGUUUGUCCCCAAAUACAAGUGACACUUUCGGAAUUUUCCGUUCCCAUUCACGAAUCCUCAUUUGCAUUUGCUAAUUAAAGGAAACACUUUUUUUUUUUUUUGCUCAGAUUAUUCUGGUCACUGUUCAUACUUGAGAAUCCAGUCAAGACAUCAGUUUUACAGUUGGUUAUGUGAGUAUUGCAGAAUAUUGUGAAAUGUUAAAUGUCCUAUCCUUCGGUGCAGUAGUAAAAUCCAGGGACCCAGCAGUAUUCUUCAAUGAUCAGAUUUAAUGAGUAUGUCACCGCCUCUGUUGCUCUUUUGUGCUCGGUUCGCCACUGUCCUGCAUUUUCCUGUGACUCUGUCGUUAGUGAUUAGUGAGAAGUGUCGAAGAGUGCCAACGACCUCCUUUGCUGUAUUACAGAAGACUCUUAGCGCAAGGUCUUGUUGACUCACUAAUGCUUUGUUUUUACUGUAAGUCCUCUCCAUUCUUGAUGUUCCUACGUUAAAGUGUAGGUGCUACGUUGCCAGGAGAUGGAAAUGCUGAUUGGUGAGAGAAUGAAACAAGAGUCCUCCCCCACAUCCUCAUCUCAUAUCCUCACUCUGUGCGAGUUGAAGAGGUGGUGAGGAUAAGUACUUGCCCACCUCCCUUGUUCUGUCUGUGUAAACUCGCCUCUGUCUCGCUGCUGUAGUCCUGCAUUCAGGCCACAUGACUGAGGACAACUGAGAAAGGAUCCAUACUGAGGUGUUAGCUCUGAGCGGCUUCAACAUGCAAGAAAACUUAGGCAGGAUUGUCUGCUAUGCUUCGUUCUCGUCUGUGUGUGAACACUGAAAAUCUCAUGGUCAUAUAAGUAAAGUAGUAAUUGGCUCUGUGUGGACUAUGGGUACUACUGCUAGUGCAGGGUCCCAGCCUGCAGCAGUGACUCCUACACACCACACUGAUCACCAAACUGGUGACAUUGCUGAAGACAAGCGCUCUAUGAGCAGCAGCAGCUCUUCACAGGUGCUGAACAUUCCCAGCAGCAAGGCCAAGUCCAUUAUCACAAACAAGGUGGCCCCCGUUGUCAUCACCUUUAUUUUACAUGAACAUUUGCAAAUGCAGUAUCAGUGGGAUACAAACAGCACCUCAAUCAACUGUGGAAUCAACCAGAGAUGUAUCUCUUUGAGCAGGUAUAACUGCCGGGAAGAGUUUCAAAUUCAUGAUAAUAUCCUCUCGGCUAACUACUCUGUGGGAAAAAUAUCUGAUACACUGCCUGAACAUUACCUAGUGCUGGGGGAGUUUUUUAUGGUACAGGAUGUGAAUACUAGAGCAGAUGUCUUAAACACUACAGGAAGCUAUGGGGCCCCUAACUUCCGGAAAGUGAAGGAAAACUACCCUCUGUUUGGAAUGGGCCAGACCAGCCUGAACGGCUUCAAACAGGUCCUCCAGAAGCUAGAGAGUGAAGCUUAUGAGGAAGUGAUAUUCUUCUGUGUGCGGGAAGAGCCUGUUGUUUUCCUGCAUCUGGAUAAAGACUUUAUUCCAUACACUCCCAGAAGGAAAGAGAACCUCCAUGAGAACCUAAACGACCUGAGAAGGGUUGGCAGAGCAGAGCAGUUGGAGCUCUCCAUCAGAAAAGAGCUGUGUGACUUUGCUAAACUCAGUGACAACAUCAUCUGUGUUUAUAAUGACAUUGAAAACUUCAAAGAUGAACCACAACAUGUGAGGAUUGUGUCUGAGGAGGACAUACAUGUAACUGAGGAGGUUUAUAAAAGACCACAGUUCAAUUUGCCUUCUUACAGAUAUUACAGACUCCCACUUCCUAUGGAGGGGGCACCAGUGGAGGAGGAUUUUGAUGCAUUUGUAAAUGUGCUUAGGAAAAGCCCUAGCUUGUCAGUUUUGCGUGAUAGUGCCAGGCCUCUGCCUGCAAUGCUGUUCAGCUGCCAGGUUGGUGUGGGACGAACCAACCUUGGCCUUAUCCUUGGUGCACUAGUCUUUCACCACCUACAUGGGGCACCGUAUAACACCAGGGAAGAGGACUCACCGGUCAAGCAGCAUCCAGAGUUUCAAGUAAUUCAAAAUCUGAUCAGUCGUCUCCCCAAAGGUCAACAGGUGGUUGAUGAGGUCAAUCGAGCUAUUGAAAUGUGUUCAGAAAUGCACAACAUCAAAGAUGCAAUAUAUGAAAAUAAAAGAAAAAUGGAAGCAAUUUGUGAGGAUUAUCAGAUCCAAGGACGCAGUACAAAGGCCUAUUUCUUGCAAAGGACCCUGCAGAGUCUUGAGUCUUAUUUCUGCUUAAUAGUGUUCAAUGCUUAUCUUCACGAUCAGUAUCCUCAGAUGUUUGCCCAGAGUUUCAGCCAGUGGCUGUGUGUGAAUGCAUGGAUCUAUAGACUGCUUGGCAGUAUGAACCAUUCUGAGCUCUUAGCACCAGCCAGUCUUGUCACUGAUGGAACCAGGAUACUGGUGGCCAGUGAGUUUUUGGCACCAGACGUACUUGGUACAGCCAAGGAAAUGAGGGUGGCCAACUUCAGACGAGUUCUUAAGACAACUGUGUAUGGCAUGGCCCAGCCAUGCUCCGAGGCUGUUUCUCUUGUGUUAUCUUAUCUCACGGAUGAGCGACGGAGGCAUUCUAGCAUUGUAUGGGUGAAUCUGCAAGAGGAACUGAUUCUGGAAGGUAAUGGGCAGAUGUUCACCUCUCGAGAACCAGGCUGUCUGGAGCAGCCAAUCCAGGUGUAUGUGCAGAACCCACUACAACAUGAGAUGCUGGAGCUGGCACUAAAGGAGGACAUUCUCAGGUGUGAGAAGUGGCUUGAGGUUGUUCUUGAACAGGAGAAGCAGAUGAGAAUGCUGAAAAGCUGCCAUACUGUCCAGGAAAUCUUUGCCAAGCAAAAGAGCAUUUACCCAGGCCUCACAUAUCGGCGUGUCCCUCUUACUGACUGUUGUGCUCCAAAGGAGGAGUUUUUUGACCAUCUGUUAGAGGCCAUGAAGUGUAGUCUUGGUGAGGACCCUGGCUCAGCUUUUAUCUUCAACUGUAGUGAUGGGAAAGACCGAACCACCACUGCCAUGGUCAUCGCCACACUUACUCUCUGGCAUUUCAAUGGCUUUCCUGACUGUGUGGCUGAAGAAAUUGUAAGUGUCCCAGAUGCAAAGUACACAAAAGGAGAGUUUGAGGUGGUGAUGCAAGUGGUCAGACUGCUACCUGAUGGUCACCGUAUGAAAAGAGAGGUGGACAUGGCCCUUGACAUUGUCAGUGAGACAAUGACUCCCAUGCAUUACCACUUACGGGAGAUCAUUAUAUGCUCAUAUAAGCAGAUCAAAACGGCAAAAUCAGAGGCUGAAUUGCAGCAGUUGCGUCUGAGAAGCCUGCAGUACCUGGAGCGCUAUAUUUACCUCAUCCUAUUCAACAGCUACCUCCACUUGGAGAAGAAAGACUCCUGGAGACGACCAUUCAGCCUGUGGAUGAACCAGGUGGCAGCACGAGCUGGUAUCUAUGGCAUCCUCAACCAGCUGAGCUUCUUUGAGUUUGAGACACCUAAGAGUUGUCCACUGGCCAGACUACGCUACCGCUGGAGACUAUAUAGUGCUUAUUCACUGCCGAUCCGUGGAGAGAUCAUCUAACAGAAUGCUAGAUUUUCAUAGAGGAUUGAGCUAUUUAACUAAUCAGGACACUAUUUGGGGUUUGAUGAACUGUGGUUCAGUCAAUUUUGGACUACUGAUUAGAAAGCUAAGUGUGUAAAUGCCAACACUACUAAAGUACCACUUGAGCAAGACCCUUAUCCCUGUAACUGCUCAGCUCAAGUGUAGGUCACUUUGGAUGAAAGCACCUAUGGAAUUAAUAAAUGUAAAUGAUGAUUCACAA